UUUUGUUGUUUUUUUUUUUUCCAGAUGAAUACGAUACAUUGUUUUUCUGCGCAGCUCAAGCCCACAGCGGAACACAGCUGCGUAAAGAUUCAGGAAGGCAAGAAGGGAGGGAGGCAGGGCGAUCUCUGCGCAGAUACUAUCCACAAAUCUACUCCCGGUUCUCGACCAUCUUUGUUGUUUUCACUAUUUAAUUUAAAUUAAUUAAUUAAUUAAUUACAUUUAUUUAUUUAUUUAUUUCACUAUCUUAAUUUAAAUUUAAUUUCACUAUCUUUAAUUUUAAAUCGCCGCCGGUUGUCAUCAUUACUAAAUCAUUCGAAGUGGAAAACGCCUUGUUGAUUUACACACAAGGAAUCCCGGCGAUAAAUCGGUGGAAGAAAGCUUAAUUGCCCGCCCCUGCCUUAAAUAAAUCGCUGCUUCUGUGAUUAGUCUGUAUGCCCAGAGUUGGGUAAUUAGUUGCCCAACUAAUUCGGAUUCCCGAAGUGCUUUAAAAUGCUAUACGCAAAGAAUCCACUAACAGUGCUGUAGAUUUUAGAAGGGAAAGUUUUAUAUACAUCAGCGGGCCCGGGAAUUAAAGGUGAAAGAUAGCGGUUAUCUUGUUGUAUUUUUUUUGUUAUUAUUCUGCUAGGCUCGGGAGCAAUUCACAGCAAUUUUAGGGUUAAAAAAGAUUCUAGGGGAAAAAAAAUCUCCAAAACAACUCUUCCCCCACUCCUUCGGACUAGGAUCAGGUGACUCAGACAAAUCAUAUGAUCAGCGACUCACUAAUUGGUUAGAUUUAAAAAAAAAAAAAAGCACGGGUCGCAUACGAGAAUGUGCUGAUGGCUGGAUUUGCUUCAUCAGCGGCAACAAUAGUUAGAUCUCUGGAUUUCUCAGAGCUCAAUUAGACUAAGUAGCAGAAAUGGAUUGGCAGAAGACGCUGCACAGCUGGCAGGAACGGAUCUCUGAAGAACUGGACUCGGUGGUGGAUUUUUGGCUACGGCACUCCCAUGAUAAGGAAUAUGGAGGGUUCUUUACAUGUCUGGACCAGACUGGAAAGGUUUAUGAUGAUCUGAAGUAUGUAUGGCUACAAGGUCGACAGGUAUGGCUGUAUAGUCGGUUGUAUCGAAAAGUACCAAGAUUCCAGCGUCCAGAACUCCUACAGGCAGCAAAAGCAGGAGGGGAAUUCCUGCUGAGACAUGCACGAGUGGCUCCACCUUCCCAGAAAUGUGCCUUUGUCCUGACCCGUGAUGGCCGGCCUGUGAAAAUCCAGCGUACCAUUUUUAGCGAGUGUUUCUAUGUUCUUGGGUUGGAUGAGCUUGGUCGAGCUACAGGGGAAUCUCAUUACCAGAGGGAGGCCCUUGCAAUGAUGGAAGCCAUCGUGCACUGGGUGAGAGAGGAUCCCUCUGAAUUGGGUCGUCCUCAGCUGGCAGGUGCUCUCCCACAUGAUUCUAUGGCUAUUCCCAUGAUGCUCCUCAACUUGGUGGAUCAGCUGUCAGAAGGAGAUGGGGAGACUGCAAGCCGCUUCAAGGAAUUGGACAACUGGUCUGCUCAAAGAAUACUCGGUCACCUUCAGAGGAAUGGUGCUGCAGUUUUGGAGAAUGUUUCUGAAGAUGGCAAGGAAUUGCCAGGGUGUUUGGGAAGACAGCAGAAUCCUGGUCAUGCAAUUGAAGCUGGCUGGUUCUUGCUCCGUUGUGCCAUGCGCCAGCUCAACCCAGGCCUCCAGUCUCAGGCAGUAGACAAAUUCAUGAAACAGCCAUUCCAUUCAGGCUGGGAUCCUGAACAUGGGGGACUCUUUGCCUUCCAAGAUGUUGAUGGUUUCUGCCCCACUCAGCUAGAGUGGAGAAUGAAACUUUGGUGGCCACACACAGAGGCCAUGGUUGCAUUUCUGAUGGGUUUUGCUGAAACUCAAGACCAAGAGCUUCUGGAGCUAUUUCACCAGGUGGCCAAUUACACCUUUGCUAAGUUCCGUGAUCCGGUAGCAGGAGAAUGGUUUGGGUAUCUGAGCCAGGAAGGCAAGGUGGCUCUCACAAUCAAAGGAGGGCCAUUUAAAGGUUGUUUCCAUGUCCCUCGUGCUCUUUAUAUGUGUGAAGAAAUUCUGAAAUCUUUGAUGGAGACAAAAUCUGCCAUUCAGAAAUGAAAUUUUCUUUUGACUUUUGCAAAAUGCUGUGUUUUCUGCAUCUUCUGCCCCCAAAAGAGUCUAAUUAUAAAAAUGAUCCUUUCUGAUCAUUUUGAAACUCCCCCCCUCCCCCGCCAAGCUACACACUUUUCAUUUUAGAAACCAAAUAUUUGGGAUUUUUUUUUUUUUUGGCUUUUAGGUAUUUUAGGAAAAAGGAAGUCCUGAUCAUUUCUCACUUCCGAUUCAAAAAGUUGAUUAUUUUUUUUUACCUGUAAUCUAAAUAGAUUUAGCAACACCAUUAUGGUGCUACAGAACCACAUUUAUAGACAGCUUAAAAGAAUAGAUAGAUGAUUAAACAUUGUAACAAUUAUUUGGAUUUUCUAUUGUGGUGGGAAGAUAUUUUUAAUCUCUUCUUUCUCUCCCUGAUCAUGAAUUACUUGCUGGUCAUUGCCAAACCUGUGCCUUUUCAUCUAUAUCUGUGCAAUAAAGACACAAAACGUCCUCAAAAACAAAUAUCCCACUUUUAUUUUAGCGUGCUUAGUGUGGCAUAAAUACCUCGACUUAACAAUAAUUUGGACCGGAACUUUCACUGCUAAGCAUGGUGUUAUUAAAUGAGUUAUACCUGAUUUUAUGUCUCUUUUUGUAAGUCACUUUUUCCAGCACUGUCAUAUUUUUUAACAGUUGUUAAAUGAGUGGCUGUAAAUUGAGGAUUAUUUAUACAUACCAUAAUGCUUCUUCCUUAACCACACUGUUAGGUAGAUUUGGCUGAGAGGACUCACCAGCUAGCUAAAGGAAGAUUAGAAUUCACUAUUUCCCAGUUCUAGUCCAGCACCUUAACCACUGCACCUUUUUUUAUAUGAAACAUUUUUUAAAAAAAGAAAAUAAAUCAGCAUUUUGAUUCACUGGCUUCCAACUUUCAUUCUGAGGUAAUUUAGAAUGGUAUUCUAAAAUGAAUGACUUUCUACAUCCAGAAGAAGCUCCUUGCAGUAAAGCAAAAGAGAGUAAGCCUGCGUACUAGGUUUUGUAGUGCCCCUGAGACUGAAAUAGCGGGAAUUCAGUGCUGUGAUAGAAGAAAUGUCUGGUGGAAUUUUUACAGUAGGUUUGAUUAGGGUUUGUUCCUCCUCCAGUAAAGCCCACAAUGAUAACUGAAUUUGUAGCCAGUCUUAAGAUAAUAGAUCUGAGGCAGCUGACAUCAGAAAGCAUGUUAACUAUCUACAUUCGGAAUUAAUACAAUAAUUUUCAAUUUCUUCAUAUACCUAAUUUACUAAUCUGCCAAAUUUGCCGGUUUGUAACUUUCUUAUCCAAUGCAGUUCUUCCUCUUUUAGGUAGGACACAGAUUUCCUUUAAGGAACACUUACUAGCAUUUUUAAAACCUACUUAUUGGAUAUGCAAAAAGUGGCUUCCUCCUGUAUCACUUCCAAACUGAGCACUGCAAGUCUUUCAGAGCUACCUUUAGCCUCCACACCAAUGUUUAAAAAGUUGUAGGUAAAUUCUUUUAAUUUGACGUUAGGGAUCAUCUUGUUUGUCUCCUUUGAAUCUUUGCUUUGUGUGUUUGUGUGUGUGUGUGUGUGUACCCAUGUAUCCAACUUUUUUUUUUCCUUCUGCCAACUGGGUCUGAUUCUCAAAGAAUCAGCAAUUUUCUUGGCAAGGUUUUUCAGAAGUGGUUUGCACUUGCUUCCUAGAGCUGAGAGGGAAUGACUGGCUCAAGAUCAUCCAGCUGGUUUUGAGCCCGAGACAGGACUAGACCUCAGGGUCUCUUGGUUUUAGCCUGAUGCAGACAUGAUUCCAUAAAAUUCCUUGACUAAAUAGAAGAUAAGUAUAGAAAUAUUACUAAUUAAACCUCUGGGCUAGCCAAUAGCCUGAAUUUCAUCUUUAAUAUCUCAUUUUGAGGAAUGAUUCGUACGGGUGGAAAGCAAGAGGUAAGAUCUGUUUUUCUGUGCUUGCACUACCAUAUUUUUGAUUAUCUCUACUUUUUAGGCAGAUUCAUUGGGAAGAAAGACUCAGCAUGCGUAUGGUUCCAGCUUUAAAUUUUAUUUUGGAUAUUAUUAAGGUUGCUUAACUCUGUACAUAAAAAGAUUGACUGAAGAGUGGUAAACCUGUGGCCCUUCACUAGGUGCAGCCAAUGGUAGCAAAUGAUGACCUAGAGGGCCACAGAAUCUCCAGCACUGAUCCCCUUGCUGAAUUUACCCUAGAGAGACAUUUUACUGACAAAAUGGUUAGAGAAACUUCAGCAGCUUUUCUUUUUUAUCCAGAAUCUCUAAGGUGUUCCUUAAUGAAUUUUGCUUGUUUAAUGUAUUUAUAAGCAUGAUCAUUUCUCAUUUAUGACAAAUUCAAGUUUUCAGAGUACUUUAGGCAUCUUUUCUUGCUGCAGUCUUCACAACAGUGCUCUAUUAUUGAUCUGAUACUGUAAAUUGAGGAGAAAGGAAAAGUUCUAAACCUCAGAGUGGCUUGCUAAAAUCAUAGUCUAAAACAUGACGGUGGUAGGAUUUCUCUAACUGGGCGAUUUCCUUCUAUUUUAACUUCCUAAUAUGUAAUCUUUAAGAUUAGGGCUUCAGUCUCAUUAAAAUCAGCAAUUUAUUCACA